AUGUCGGAAGAAAAGCCAGAAACAGAAGAAAAGACCACGUGGAAUAAGAGUUCCGCCCGGUUCAACAAUAAGCAGUACAGCGAGUACUUUGAUCCAUGCCAGGAUGCAGCGAAUAGAAGUCUGAAAUGCAUGCGGAGGAAUGGAGGAGAUCGCGCCAUGUGUCAUGAUUACUUCCAUGCGUACAAGGCAUGUAAGAAGUCAUGGAUGGAUGAGAUGAAAGAGCAGAAGAGAAAAGAAGCCAAGUCAUGGUUCUCAUGA